UUAAACUUCUUUGUAACUAACCACAUAGAGUAAGACGGUGUCUUAGGCGUUAAUUUCGAAUUUAAGAUUUAACUUUUUUAAAAGUAAUUCUUAAUUAAGAUGAAAAGUAGCCUUUUUAAGCUUUCUUUGAUUUAUUUUGCAAUUAUACAUGGCGAAGUGUCUGAUUCAAAAAGAGCGAAAGCAAUUGCAGGUGAAUUAUGCGAUAACGAAAAACCUGAUAGAAUACUAUGCCGUAUUGCAAGAUUUGGAGGCGAAUCUAUUCCAAAAGAAUUAAAAGCAAAACAAUCGGGAGACGAUAAAGAUGUUGAAUCAAAUACAGCAUAUGUUGAUGAAGGUGCUGAAUCAAAUACAUCAUAUGUUGAUAAAGGUAUUGAAUCAAAUGCAUCAUAUGUUGAUAAAGGUGCUGAAUUAAAUUCAUCUAGAAUUAAAAAACAGGUUGCAGUUCGCCAUAUUGAUGGUAUAGGCUUAAAUACGAAAAAAAAGUCGCACCUAAGACUACGUUACCAUCGCCGCCAAAUACCAAGUCCCCAUCCAGGCCCAAGACCAUGGCCCCAUCCACAACGAAGACCACGUGUCGAUUCAUAUGUCCACGUCACAAGUCCACAUCCUCUUCCAAGCAAAACGCCACCCUCACCGAAUCUCCUUCUACGUCAUCGCCCAAGACCUCUAGAAUCAGAGGAAUCAGAUGAAUCGGAUGAAGAUGAGCCCAGUGAAUUCAACGGCGAUGAUGAUUACGAUACGCAUUCGUAUACUUUCGAUGAAUAUGAACCUAAUGAACUCAUUAGCGAUGAUGAUUACAAUACGCAUUCGGAUUCAUUCGAGGAUGAGGAAGAUAAUAAAUAUGAUGAUGAUGAAGAUGAUGAAGAAGAAGGUGAUGAUGAAGACGAAGAUGAUGAAGAAGAGGAUGCUGAUUCUAUUUCCGGGAAUAACCACCGUUCACACCCACAAGCAAAGGCAGAUUUAAGAUCAGGGUCAAGUUCGGAUCAAAGUGAAGUAGAUGGGGAUAAUUCAAAGAUUAAUAAUAAUAAAAAAUAUAGAUCUACAAAGUUUGGCCAGUAUUUUGUUUACGUUAAUUGCAACAGCUGCAAAGUGCUUAGCAGAUUAAUAGUUGGAAAAAAGGAGGCAAAUAUACCAAAAAUACAUAAUAAUAAUGAUGAAAAACUUUUACAACCAUCUCAGGAGGACAGCCAAGAUCGUGACGAUUAUUCAUAUCAAGAUUAUAUGCUUGACAGUGAUUAUGAUAGAAGAGUGAAGAAAAAUCUGGAUCGAAAACUUUUCAACAAGCCUGUUGUUGAAAACAAAGUUACGGAUGCAUUUAAAGUUUUGAAUGCAACGGUUAAAACAAAUGAUAAUGAAACCGAAUUCUAUAAUAAUUCCUCAUACAGCAAUAUUACUGAAAGUGGAAUUCUUAAACAUAUCCUACAUAAUAAAGAUUAGGAUGAUUUUGAUUAUACCUACAUAAUUUAUGCAUGUAUAAUUAUGAAAUUUGGUAAUUUAAAGAAAUGAAAUUGGAAAAUAAAAUUAGUACAUCUUA